AGCCGGCCACCACCAUCAGCAAACCAAGGACCAACUCGAAGAGAGACACCAACAAAAGAGACACCAAGAGAGGCACAAAGAGGGGCACCAAGAGAGACACCAAGAGCGACGCAAGAAACAACUGCACCACGGACGCAAUCUGCGAGCGAAGAGACACCGCCCACUAAAACGUUUCCCAAGGGAGACGUCCGCCGACAAGGAACAACUGCAGGACGACCGCGUGUGCCGUCGUUCCGGCCAUUGUACACGGCUGGUGGCACUAGCUUGCGUCUCCCUACUGCAACAUCUGCGCCACCAGUCGCGACAAAGUGGUCCCCGUUUGGUGAUCCCGUCAUGGCGACGAUCAACGAAGAUCCACUGAAGCCGAUGUACGAACUGCUGCAAAGCGUUGAUGAUGAUGAAGAUCAAGAGCUACAACGAGACGAUGUUCCCAGUGCUGUAGCUUCCAACGCUUCAGACCUCGCAAAGGAGUCGCUUGAGCCGCUUCUAGCUGUGCCUACUUUGAAGCUCGAACGUAAUGGGGUCGGCGAUCGACAUGCGACUUGGCAGGCCCAACGCGGUUGUGUCUCGAACCAAGCCACGAACGAUGCUAGCCUGAGCGAGCUGGAAUUUGCAGCCAUGUCUCUCCAAAGCUCCGAGAUUGAGAAAGAACGAUGCACGCAAGCAUCCUUUGUGAAGCCUGCUAGCGAUGAAAAUCCAAAUGCAAGUCACCUCAGCGCGAAGGUUUUGCCGCUGAAAGACGUCGACGGCGGCGAG